AAAAACUAUGUCGACUCCGGAUGACUGCUUGUUCAAUAUAAAUGGUGAGCAGUUUCAGUUCGACACCAAAGAACAUCUCUGACGCUGCACCAAGUCCCAACAACACACGACAAGACAAGACAAAGAUGUACAACGCUGUAGUUCUCGUCCUUUUCUUCAUCGUGACUACGACAUACGCGUGUUGCGACCCUGAUGUGUGCGAUGUUAUCAGGGUAGAAAGUUGGAGCGACAAGUACGCCAAGAGAGUUCUGGAAGAUGCCUCAUAUGUCCUCAACAUGACGGUCGUAGAUCGACAGUCUGCGGCCCAGUGCAAUCUGGGAGAAUCCUUCGGCUACCAGAAAAACAACCUUUGGGUGGAUCAGGGCUGUCGUGCUGACUUCAAAGUUUGCUACCUCCCAGUGAGAUCGACUGAGUGCCAAAAACUCAGGGUGAACAGUUUGGACUACAAGUACGCCGAAAGCAAAGUUAAUUUUGCAGCACUGUUCCUCAACAUGACCGUUGAAGAUCAGCAGUCUGCGGCCAGUUGCGAUCUGGAUAACAACUUCGGCUUCUACAACCAGAACUCCACAGUUUGGGUGAAUAAUGGGUGCCAGGCUGACUUCAACGUCUGUUAUGUCAGAGGCGCCAUCAGAACCACCACGAUAAACGUGAGCAGCUGGAACUACAAGUACUCUACCCAGAUUCUCAACACUCUCCCCUCCGCCACCUGUAUCUACUCCAUGCAAGUGGCCAACCAACAGUCCGCGGCUCCCUGCACUCUCGGAACCACUUUUGGGUUUAUGGCCAAUACCAUGUGGGUCCGCGAUGGCUGCAGAGCCGACUUCACUGUCAAUUAUUAUAUAGUUUAAGCUUUGUCAAUAAAUGCUGUCAUAAUGUCAUAUUCGAUUGACAGGUUUUCAAUCAAUUAAAUGUUAAUCGGAAACAAAU